UGAAAGUAGAUGUUGCAUUCGGUCUUUGGACGGCAAAGGGGACUCCGUUCUCUCUAAGCUUUUAUCCUGCAUUUUAUUUCUGUUUGGUAGGUUAUUGCAAGCAGUGCCCCCCCCCAUAGCUCAGAUAUCUAUAGACUUGGCUACAAGAGGGUCAGAGCUCCGAUGGGAUUCUGACACAGCUCUUCCGGAUCUCAGGCCGCGCAGUAGGGAAACAAUGGCCCAUGCAUCUCACGCUAUAAAACGACUGGAAAGAGAAUUAAUAGAAAUCUUGGCGGAUGAUGAAAAUGGGGCUGUACGGGAAUUAGGGUCCCUGUUCCAAUAUGGCCCAGAUACGUAUAGAAGUAAAGGGGAAGCUAAGAGCCCAGCGGGGCGAGCGGAGAAGCUGAUCCAGAUUGUGCUACAGAGAGACGAGUCUGACUGCCAGAGGUUCCUCACUCACCUAGAGACGAUGCUGCCCAGGUUCCCUGCCCUGUCGGGCAUAGUGGAAGGGGAAAAAAAAAGAAACACCCUGAAUGAAAUCAUAGAAUCCCAUAAAGAGUCUAAGCUCUCCCUGAGGGACGUCCUGGAUGUUGGGCAGGAGAAUAUAAAUGAAGUUGCCCCCCACACUGUACAAGACCUGCCCUGGGCUCUCCUAAGGAAACUGAUGGCUCUGGACAGGACUGCAAGAACAAUUCAACUUGAGGAUAUUCCUGAGAAUUCAGGGGAAACUGCUGAAGCUGACUUAGCUCACAGUAUAUUUGUUUAUAUCAAAGAGGAUGAAUCUAAUUCCUUCAAUCCAUUAGACAUUCUGUGUGCUCUCUUGCAUUGCUCAGAUAUGUUGUUACAGCAGAACAUCUUCUCAAAAAUGUCCCUGUGUCAGUUUGCUGUCCCACUGCUGCUCCCUGCUGGUGAUGGCCCAGAAUGCACCUUCAUGCUGUGGGCUAUGAGAGACAUUGUCAAGAGAUGGAGACCCCACACUCUGGCAGACAGUAAAGGAUUUGUAGAAGAAAAUCUGGUUCAAGUAGAAAUGCCAUUGCUCUCCUUUGUGAGACUGGGGCAAAGCAAAUUAUCCAAAUCUAAAAUCCUUAAUCAAGUGCUCAGCCCUUACCAUAAAAAACAUGACUUUUUUAUUCAUGAAACUAUGGAGGGUGGAAAUAUUAAAAGACAAAUCUCUGAUGGCCUAGUGGAAAUCUCCUGGUUUUUACCUGCUGGAAGAACAAAUACUGAUAUUUUCCCAGAACCUGUUGCUGUUACUAAUUUGCGUGGAGACAUAGAGUCUAACUGGACCCAAUUCAGCUUCCUAACCCAGGUCUCAUCAGCAGUGUUUGUAUUUGCUGAGAGCAUUAAUGAGAGAGAGUGUGAGCUAUUAGCCCAGUGUAGUAAAUCCAACACCAACUUCUAUUUCAUCAUUACUCCUAGUGGCAAAGGUGUCAGUAAAGAGACAUCGGAAUCGUUGAAAAGGUUACUCUCUGUGCUGAAUACCGACACAUCAAAUAUAUUCAUAAACGAGAGAAGAGCAAAUCACGUAGGACUAGUGCAAAAGUUACGAACCAUUAUAAAACAUUUUCUGAUAAAAUCUGAUAAAACAAUAAAACUGGAAGAUUUAUCAAACACAGCCAGGGAACUUGGCAUCAAGGUGGAUGAAAAUUCCCAGGAAUGUCAGAAAGCAAAGACAUAUGCUGAAGAAAUAACUAAAGAGAUACAAGAUGUGGUACAAUAUAAGAAAGAGACAAUGAAACUACAAGGGGAUCUGUGGAAGCAAGUGGCUCAGAUAGAGAAGGAAUUGUGCAGAAUGAGAAAACAAGGGGAUAAAGGUACAGAAGAAUACCGAUCUCAGCUGAUAGAGGAGCUCAAUAAGUUACACAGGGAGCAGAACCAACAUGAUCUGCCUGACUCUAUGAGUAAGUUCAUUUCUGCCAUCACACAUUUGUCUCAAACAGAGAAACAUUAUUUCCUGAAAUGGAUCAAAUUUGCACUUGAUUCAAUGGCUAGAAACAAUCUCUCCAUGUUGAAGGCUAAAUACAAGGACAGACGCUGCAAUAAUGCAGAUGGCCAAAGGGAACUAAAACAGUUAGACCAGCAGAUAUCUGACAGUUCUUUGGGGGUAGAACAUUUUCUGCGGGAGAUGGGGCAGUUUUAUGAGGCAGAAUGUUCCAUGGUGAGUCAAGGCAAAGUCAAACCAGUUGAGAGAAAAUUCUGUCAGCUCCCAGGAUUUGCUGCUGAUCUGCUGCUGGAUGGGUUCCCAUUGGAGCUGAUAGAUGGAGAUGUCUCUAGCAUCCCCCUACAGUGGGUAACUGAUGUUUUGACAGAGCUGAACACAAAAACAGGAGGGAAAUGCAGAAUGAGAGUAAUCUCAGUGCUGGGAGUGCAGAGCACAGGGAAAUCCACCCUCCUGAACACCAUGUUUGGGCUGCAGUUUUCAGUGUCCAGUGGGCGAUGCACACGAGGAGCCUUCAUGAUGCUGAUUAACGUGAAAGAGAAUCUCAAGGAAAACUUGGGCUGUGAAUUUGUUCUGGUGAUUGACACUGAAGGUCUGAAGGCCCCAGAACUGGCUUCUCUGGAGGACAGCUAUGAACAUGACAAUGAGUUGGCAACUCUAGUGGUUGGGUUGAGCAAUGUCACUAUAAUCAAUAUGGCCAUGGAGAACACAGCAGAAAUGAGAGACACACUGCAGGUUGUGGUCCAUACAUUCCUUCGGAUGAAGCACAUAGGGAAGAAACCCAGCUGCCAGUUUGUGCAUCAGAAUGUGAGUGAUGUUUCAGCUUAUGAUUUAAACAUAAGGGAUGCAAAGAAGCUCCUGAAGCAGCUGGAUGAGAUGACAAAAGCAGCAGCCAACAUGGAAAAGAAGAGCGGGAUCAUAAGCUUCAGUGAUAUCUUGAACUAUAACCUUGAGAGAGACAACUGGUACAUUCCUGGGCUUUGGUACGGUGUCCCACCCAUGGCUUCUGUAAGCUCCGGCUACAGUGAGAAUGUGUAUGAUAUGAAAAAUUAUUUGUUUCAAUUGAUGGAGAAAGAGGAAUGUCUUCAGCCACCCCAGAAUAUUGCCGAGUGCAUUGAAUGGAUAAGAAGCUUGUGGAACUCUGUGAAACAUGAGAAUUUUAUUUUCAGUUUCAGAAACAGCCUGGUAGCUGAAGCUUACAAUCAAUUAGAAAUUGAAUAUUCUCGGUGGGAAUGGGACUUCCGCAAAAAGGUUCAUACCCGGCUCAUUGGCACCGGGAAUAUUAUCAAGAAUCAGUCAGCAGAUAAACUGCAGCCAGAAAUGUGCAGAGAGUUUAAAGAAAAUUUGAUUUCUUUACUUAGCGAAGAAAAGGAAACUAUGCUGAAGUUAUUAGAAGAACAUUUUGAAAGUAAAACUGAUAAUAUUCAUCUGAUUGAAAAGUACAGAGAGGGUUUCUCCAAAGGGGUGACUUUUCUCCAGAAGGAACUGGAACAUUCUGGGACAGCAAAGAUUGAGGAGAUCAUCAAAAUCCAAAAAGGAAAACAUCAAAUAAAGAAAAUAAAGGACAGUUAUCAACAAAAAAUUGAGGAGAAAGUCACCCAUCUCCUAAACCAGGUCAGAGAGAGGAAAAUGAAGGCUGGGGAUGAUGAAAUAGAAAAGGAAUUUGAGAACAUGUGGGAAAGUACAAUGGCUGAGCUGCCGAAGAAUCUUCUACAUAAACGCAAAGUCGGUCAGGAAAUGUUACUGGCGCUCAAACGGGACUUGUCCAACAGGGGGAGCUCUAUAAAGGAGAAACUGCUCAGUAUAGAACAUCUACAUGAGUUUGGAAAAGGUGAAUUCCAGAUUAAACAUUGGCAUGUCGACCUAAAAUGGUAUUCACUGAAAGGUUUCAAAGAAUUCUGGACCAAUGAAUUCCAUGAUAAAAUAGACCAUUUUGCUUUCUCUUUACUGGAUGUAUGUUCAGAUUAUAUUCGAGAGGAGGUUAAUAGAAUAGAAGACUAUGAUGGGACUUAUUGCCAAGAAUUACUCAAUAUAAUCAAUAAAAGGCUCCGGGAGGAAGAUGCUAAACAACUGCCCAUUACCCAUGAGUUUGACUUGGACAUAAAGCUCCAUAUCUUGGGCAGGGCAGCUUGGAAGUUCCAGAAGAAGCAUGAGGAGUUUAUUCAGGACAAUGACCCUGUGCUGUGUCUGGAGAAGCUGAAACCUCAUUAUUUUACAACAUUUAAAAAUAUAUUCCAGGAAAAAGAUGAAAUACAAAGUCGUGCCAAACAGUUCUGUGAGCUCUGCCUGAAGCCGGCAAUAACCGACCACAUCAAUGAGCAUCUGGGGAAGGAUAUUGUAGAUGAUAUUCUUUUCCAUAAAAAUUCCAUAGAAUUGAGGAGUCGCCCACUAUUUCAGGCACAUGUGCUCAAGAAACUUCUAGAAGAGCAGGAGUUCCCUCAGUAUGUGACCUACAUUAAUUCUUAUGAGCUGUUUGUGAAGGAAUGGCUGAAACGAUACAUAGUAAGGACUUAUGAAAAGGGUCCAGAAAAGUUGCAAACGAAUAUUCUAUCGGAUAUCGGGAAAAAAAUCAGGGCUGCCCUGGAGGAGUCACAAGACGUUUCCACCAUCCCAGAGUUUUUUCAACGUUUUUGUGAGCUAUUAGAAAAGGAAAUAGUUAUUGACCAGAUGCAGUUGCAGUUGGUCACGUUCCAGAACAAAUCAGGUAUCAUUCAGUUCUCAAAGGACAUUGAGUUUUUUCUCAUGGAAACAGAGAAACAGAUCAGAUCAGAGAUUGGAUCUUCCAGUCCAGAAUCAGUACUUGGCAAACUCACAAUGAAACCAGAGGAAGAGCUGUUUAAGAGAGUGUUUGGCUGUGGGAAGCAGUGUCCCUUCUGUGGGGCCCCCUGUGAGGCUGGAGGUACUGACCAUAAGGAGCACUUUGCCUCUGUCCAUCGGCCUCAAGGGUUAAACCGACAGAAGAAGAGGGACAAACUGGCUACUGAGAUAUGUUCAACUCUUGUUCUCAGCAAUUCCAACUUCAGUAAUUCAGACACAGAGUGGAAACCCCACCCUUACAAAGAAUACCGCACAUUCUACCCAGACUGGGCCAUCCAGCCUGACCCCAGCAUCACAGCCUCCGACUACUGGAAAUACGUUUUUGUGAAGUUCAAUAAAGAAUUUGCAGAAGAAUUUACGGCAGAACCGGCCGAUCUCCCAGAGACUUGGUUCCACAUUACAAAGGGACAGGCUUUUCAGAGCAUAAGAGAAAUGUAUAAUAUGAAAUAACUGGAACAUUUGGCAAGUCUGUAUUCCCAAAUAGCAUGUUUUAUUUGCCAAGGUGCCUGUAGCAGCGAUUAUUGUUAUAAUACAAAGGCACUGCCCUAUUGUGUUCGAGUGGAGCCUACAAUACUACAGGUAGUGUGAAAUAAAAUCAGGCUUUUUUUAGGAAUGGCGCUUCACCAUUAUAUUUAGUACUGUAACCCUAUUUUGGCUACUGUUGUACUUUUAUCACGCAAUCACCUGCGUGUGGCGCUACAGGAGCCCUGAGCCCCCGCUUAUUAUUGGGCGACAGGUAUAAUGUUCUUGAAUGGCAUGUCUCCACCCAGGGUAGGUAUAGGUAGAACUAUAUGUCUCCUCCUUGGGAAAACUCUAUGAAGUCCUCCUUGG